AUUUUAUUCAUUUUAUCACGGAAAUCGUGCGAGCAGCACUAGCGCGGCCUUAACCCGACGUGAAACGGCCCGGAAAAAAGCCGGAUUUUUUCCGGAAACGUCGGAAAAAAGGCCGCGGACGUGUCGUGGUGCCACACAUGCUUUUUGCAGGCGCUACCUCAUCUAACCUAACUUUCUUAUCGAUUUUUUUGGGUGAUUGUUUCUUUCUUGGAUUUUUGCAAGUGUUUACGGCCUUUUGUUGUUGUUUUCGCCUCCUUUUCCAGUUUUUGACAUCCCCCACUACUGCGACUUUCGUUUGUUCCUAGUUCCACCCCCACCACCACCAACUAUAAACGGGUGAUAAAUGAUUUUUUUAUUGCAUUAACGCCGGAAUUAAGCAGCGUGGGGUAAAGGGGGCCGUUUCGUGGCUCAGAUGGAAAAAUCGACGAUGGAAAAGCGAAAAAUCCGUCGAUUUUUCCACGUGGAACAACCUUGAAAUGUUGACGGACUGGUCCAUUUUUCGCCGCUGGGGUGGGGGGAAUGCGACAAGAAGAAGACGAAAAAAGGGGCAUCAUCGUAAAAGAUGGCGGUAGAGUGAUUAGUUAUUUGUGGUUGCAAAUUUGCAAAUUUGUUUAUAAACAAAUCGAAUUUGCGCGUAAAACGCGCGAAAACACCGCCAAAAUCGAAACAAAACCCUAAACGUAAAAAACUUUUUGUUUUGCUGUUUCAGGUUUUGCGGCGAUUUCUGACUAAAAUCAGGCAAGAAUCGGUAAAAUCAACAUUGUCCUCAACGAAAAUUCGGCCGAAAUUGACCCAAAACCUGGCUCCAUGGAAGAAACCCCCUCGAAAUAAUGCCUUGGCUUGCGGAGUUCCCUCUUGUUGUCUACAACGAUAAAAUGGCCCUAUUCGAGUUUGGCUAAAAGUGAUAAGUGCUUCUAUUAAGACUCGCAACUCGGACUCGCAUAAACAUUGCAACAAAAUGAGUUAGUUUAAGUUCCGCGACAUUCCGGUGUAAAAUAAUUCGAAAAAAAUCCAAUCAAAAAUGUCGUACUUAAAGAUACUGUGAAUCGUACCGGGGGUUUAGUGUUCUCGUUUUUCGCAACGUGUAGAAAAAUGUCUCAAACGCCCCAAAAACUCGGUCAAAAAAUGUGCAAAUCACCGAAAAAUUCAACAAACAGCUACCAAAUCAAGCCGGAAAAGAUCGACUAUGAGAACCUCAGUACCAACUGCACUGUCGUCGGCUCCAACAAUCUCAACUUGGUGAAAAAACCCCAAAUCGUAACCAACAUGUCUCCAGCCUACUCGAACCCCAGUCCAGGCUACCCACCCUCACCAUACUCGUCCCCAGCUAGUCUCAAAUCACCUUCACCCAACCUCAAACCUCCAACUCCUCAACCAAACUUCCCAGUAAUGCAAAUCAUCAACAGCCACUCCCUUCUGGCACGCCCAAUCCAAACCAACCAAUCACAGAACAUUAUUAAACUCAAGCCACACCUUAAUAUCCUACCCAAACCCAGCGCCAGCCCGCAACCAAGCCCUAAACCGAGCGUCAGCCCACAGAUCGUCAUUCCGACCAAUCAGCCAACGAUAAUGCCAACUGCUCAACCGGUGCUUCUCAACCAAAUGCCUCUACUGACCACACCAGGGGUCCAGUUCAUAUUGCGCCCCCAGACGGCCAAAAUCCCGGCGGCGGCCCCCCAAGGACUGAUCCUGCAACCGAGCGGACAGCCCCUCCUACAAAUACCCAGAUCUCAGCCCAUGGUUCGUGUUUUAACCAAUGGCGUACAACUUGCCCCCUCUACCACCACCACAGCCUACGUCACGACGCAAAUGACCAAUCCGCAGCCGCCAAACAAUCAAGUGAAGAAAAAACCCAAAAAUAAAGUCAAGAAAAAGCUAGAUUUGGCGAAUUUAAUGAAAAUAUCGGGCAUUGGUGACGAGGAUGAUAUACAGUUUGAAAGUGACGCUUCGCAGAGUGAAAGUGAACCGAAUUCGGUACCAAACACGCCGCAAGAGACGAAAAAAAUCGGAAAUAUACAAUUAAGUGCGAUGCCUCAACCAACGACACCUGUCGUUCAAGUCUUGAAUCAGAAUUUUCAAAGCGGAAUGAUUUCGAAUAGUAACACGCAACCACAAGCUAGCAUUCCAUUCAAUCCGUUUCUCACUCCGAAUUUUACCAUUAAUAAUGGUUUAAUGGUACAACGGAGCGGUGGUUUUAAAUUAACAAUGGGUGAAGAUGGGCGGUUGGUGCUCCAACACGACCCAACACUCAACCAAGAUCUCCAGUCACAGUUGAUUUUACAAAGUAUUUUCGGUUUGAACGGCGGUCUGGUUCUACAACCGUCCAUCGAUCAACAAACGGUGCAACAAACCGUUCAAACCAUCCAACAACAAAGUGUGCAAACGAUACAACAACAAACCGUGCAGUCACAAACCAUACAAACGGUGCAACAACAACAACACACCCUACAACCUCAAAUACAACAACAAACAGUACAACAAACCAUACAACAUCAAACGGUGCAAUCGCAACCGUUGAUGCAACAACCGAUGCAAAUUGUACAACCGCAUUCGUUGCACAGUUUACAGUCACAAAUUCAAGGACAGUUGCAAAAUCUCCUACAACAACAACAGCAACAACAACAACAACAAAACCAAGCCGUACAGACGCACCAAGUACCGCCACCAUCACCAACCUUCCAACAGCAACAACAACAACACCAACCGGUACUUAAAGUCCAACCGUUUCAAAAAACCCAACCACCGGUUCAAACCGUUCAUCCACAACCGCAACCACAACAAGAAAAUCAACAACAACAACAACAACAACCACCUCCAACUUCGUACGUUGUCAACCUAACACCGGAACAACUCGAACAAUUGAAACGCAACGGACAGUUGACGGUCAACGGUCAGACGAUCUUUAUGCAAAGGCCAAACAACUCAAAACAAGACGAAUGUAAAAAACUAUCACCGAAAAUCAAGCCGGUCAAGAAAGUAGUGCAACAACCGCCACAACAAACACCGAAACAACAAAUCGUAAAAAAUUUCGAAGAACCGGUCAAGGAAAAAGAGGCAAAACCUAGUCUGAUUAACGCUUUGCAAACGCCAUCGAAACUUGUAGCCCCGCCACAAAAACAAGCAAUCGUACAGCCUUCAAUUAAGGAGAAAAGUCCCCCAAAAUUGCCACCACAGCCAUCGCCUAAACCCACCGAUUCGAAUGGAACGAAUCAAGACGUCGAGAAAUUGCUCGGUCAGUUGUUGGAAGAGUCGGGAAAUAUUAAUAUAAUAACAUCGGGGGCGCCAAAUGUCACAUCGAAAAACCAAAGGAUACAUACGAUUCAACUCACACCACAGAAACAGGAACAUUUGAAAAAUAUCCAAUUACAGAUUCAGACUUUAUCGGCUAGUUUAACACCCGGUAAUUCCGAGAUACAGGCCGCUUUGAAAAUGUUAUUUGCCGAACAGCAAAAAAUUCUAGCGACUGGGAAAUUACUACCACCUGAUAAAGUCUAUUAUCAUAAUAAUCAUUUGACGAUUAUUAAUCCGUCCAGUUUGAAUUUGGGACAACAACAACAGCAACAACAAAAGGAGCCACAACCGCAACCGGUGGGCACGCGCUGUGAAGCGACAGCGGUUAAUCAGGUGAUAACAUCGCAACCGCAUCGGUCAGAACACUCGGUACAACCGAACACGACUAGUCAAAUGGCCGUAGGUCCACGUCUCGCUGUACCUCAAGUACAACAACAGCAACACAAACAACCUCAACCACAACAACAACAACAACCGCAACCACCUCAACAACAACAACAACCACAACAACAAGUGGUGGCGCCACCUCCAACGCUACAACAGCACAGUCAUUCAAUUACGAAAAAAGCACACUUAAUUGAAGCACAGUUAAAUCUGGACCAAUCAGGUGCCGUCAAACCGGACAUCCAUACGCCAUUUCGCGAUAAGAAGGACGCAUGUAUUCGCCUGAUAAGGUAUCACUGUAUGGAUCAGCCCGUCUUAUCGCAGAAGGAUCUGGACAAGGCCGAUGAGAUUUUCGAACUAACCGCCGAACAUUUCAUCGCCAAGUAUGCGAAAAUGGUCGACAAGUACAAAUAUUUACUAAUGAAGGAGAGCAUGCGACCGGUGCAAACAUCCGAACUAAUGAUGCUCGACCGAAUGUUCCUCAGCGAGGAGCGGCAGUCGUUGCUGCGUCUGCGGCAGGAGGCCGAAGAGGCGGCGCAAAUAAUCGACUUGCCCGUUCUGCCCGAGCCUUCGCCCCCGCAGCCCCCCGAGGACUACGACGAAUGGGCGUGCAUUCAACGCGAGCUCGGUUGCCUCCCGCACGAAGAGCCGCCGCCGGCCGCCCCACGGCCCCCACAUUCGACGGCGGCGCCGGUCGUCGCCAACGCGCAUGCGCACCUCCAGCCACCCAAACGCACGGCGAGCAGCGAUUCGCGCCUCGAGACUUUGAAAAGGUUUCGCGUCGACAAACACAACAAGAAAACCAGUACAGAAAGUGUACAUAACAAUAGUGUUUUAAAUAAUAACAAUAGUAGUGUACAAAGUGUCAGUAGUGGGAUAAAUACUCAUCACGGUUACGAACAGCAAGGCCAGAACGACUCGUACGAAAACGAAGUCGAAAAUAAUAGUAUCGAUGAACAGGUCCAGAGUGCCAUCGAUUCGAUUUUGAAUCUACAACAGAAUACGGCCCUGGACCUUGAUAGUAUUCUUUCAUGACGGUAUGUCUAGUGGAUAUGGCCAGGCUGCACUGUAAUACACACACGUUUUCUCUCCAUUGUGAUCAUUACUUUUUAAAAGUCAUUUAUUUUUACAGAUUUUAAAACGAAGCGAUAAAUUAUAUACACAGCUCAAUACGGCAUCUAGAGCCCGCGGACGUCACGUGGCGCAUUAUUGGUUACCAUGGUUACCACUGAAAAAAGAAACAAAACAUAGGCUAAAUUACAAAAUUUGUGCAAACACCCUGUAUGACAUUUUUCCCAUUUUUUGGUUGAUUAGCGAGGGUCAUGUGACGUCCCUGGGCCCGAUCGUUGUGACGGUGCGAUUUUUCACAGUGUACCACAAUUGUGUCAUAUCACUGUUGCAAUAAUAUUGUUUUGUUUUAAUUGAGGCAGCUAUGGAACCCAGAUUAGAUGUCGAGCAAUAAACGUUUUAACUUUGAUUUUAAUUAUUCCUCAAAUGUUUCCACAUGAUUGUAGCACACUGUAAAAACUUGGAUAUUUUUUAUUAUAUUGUAAAUAAUUUAAUUUAUGUGUACUUAGUUUAUUUUUUAUUUUCUAAGGUUUUAUUAUUAUUAAGACUGACUUUAAGAAAUUUUGGUUCCUAAACGGAAGAAGUAUUUCAAAUAAAAUUGAAUUGUUUCAUA